AUCGAUAAAAAUUCGAGGAAAAGAAAGAAAAUUCAUCUGCAAAUGAAAAUCUGAGAUAAUUUAAAGUUUUCUGUAAAGUGUGAUGAAUUCUUCUGCGGAUUUAUAUCUAAAAUGUGAAAUUUAUUUUUUUCCAUCUGAAAAUUUAUUGAUUUUUCUUUCUUCAUUCCUGUUCAAAUUUUUUGCGAUUUUCUGUAUAAAUCUCACUUUGAUUAAUAUUUUUUGUUCGUUCAUAUCAAUUUCACAUUGUGUUGAUGUUCCAAAAAUCACUUACAGUGAAGUUUUCAAAGGAUUAAAUAAAACUCGCGGACUUUUCCUUCGCUACCGUGAGCUUCAGAAAGACGAAACGAACGAAAAUCCAGGCGAUCUUGAUUACACUACGACAGAGUUGCGGAAUUCUUUAAGGUCGAUUGAGUGGGAUCUUGAGGAUUUAGAGGACACAAUUGUUAUUGCUGAAAAGAAUCCUAAACAUAAAAUCGAUUCACAAGAACUUAAUCAACGACGACAGUUUAUUAACGCUACGAAAAAUGAAAUUAAGUCUAUGAAAGAUAAAAUCAGUAUUUUAAAGAAUCGGGACAAAGAUAUCACAGCAAUUCAACCACUUUUGGACGAACCAUCGCCAAAAAACAAUUCAAACAUUAACAGUAAUAAUUCAACAAAUAACAUUUCAAUCGGAAACAAUUUAAUGAGCACAAUGGCAGCAGCAAGACACAGUGGAACUAAAUACAGCAAACUGGAGAAUAUUCAUGAUAGUCCCAGUCAUCACAAUAAUGGGAAUUAUGAUGGCGAUAGCGCUUUUCUAGGCGAGACAGUUUCAAUUCAACAACGAAUGCUUCAGACACAAGAUGAACAGCUUGACAUGAUGAGCGACUCGAUUGGAACAUUAAAAACUGUGAGCAGACAAAUCGGGAUUGAAGUGGAUGAGCAAGCAGUUAUGCUUGAUGAUUUUGGAAAUGAGCUUGAUGUAACUGAAACGAAACUCGACGCAACAAUGAGAAAAAUGGGAAAAGUGCUUCAGUUGUCAAAUAAUGAUCGAAGACAAUGGACAGCAAUCUUCAUUCUCAGCGUGUUGCUCCUUGUUGUGAUAAUUCUCUUUAUCAUCCUUUAAAAUGACUGAGCAUCGCUGAUUCUGAUCUCAAUUAUAAAGCGGACAUUGUAAAUAGUUUUAAAUGAUUUAGUGAACUAUUUUUGUAGAUUGAAAUGUAGGUCAUUCAUUAUUUGUUGUUAUUUUCAUUUAAUUUAAAUUAGGUUUCGAUGUUUUCGAUAUUGAUUUCUUAUUAGCAUAUUUUGUUGUCGAAUGGAAUCCUUAAAAACUCUUCUGACGAAUCAAAACCCCUUUGAAUAUAAAAAAAAUGAAUUCUUUCCCUUUCAUUCCUUCUUUAACAUUCUAAAAUGUCAUUAAAUUAAAUACAAAUAUUAAGAAUUUAAAUCUAGUCAACCUUUUUAAGUGUCUACAGAAACAUGUUGAGAAAACAGACAACAGCCAAAUUUUUUAAUACUUUUCCGGUUCAAAGAAAAAUCUGAAUUUUCCAUAAGGAAAAUUAAAAUUCUUUUCUUUCUUUCUUCUCUUUGAUGAAUUUCUUAAAAACCAAAAAUAAAAGCAGUAUAAUAAACUGGAAACAAUAAUUUAUCAUAGACUGGAUUUAUAAUUGCUUCAUUUCUAAUUAAUUAAGAAUCUAUCAUUAAUUAUUUAAUGAAACAACUUGUCAAUGUAAACAUUCCAUAAGGGAAAUUAUUUAUUAUUGAAAAAAGAAAAAUGAUAAGGGAAAAUGUCUGGGAAAAUGAAUUAAAUUAAUCUCAGAAGAAUAAAUUAUGUAUUUUACCAACAAUUAA